AUGGCCGUCAAGGCAACGACCUCAUCCAACCAAACCCGGAGCGCCAGCUAUGCCGAAGAAGUAGGGGAGAAAAAGGAGAGAGUGAGAGGGAAUGAAAAGAGCAGGCUGAAGGAGAGAAGGACAGGGGCGGAAGCAAAGAGAGGCGAGGAGAAGAGAGAGCUCUAG